GUUUCAGUUAAUGCAAAAGCGAGUAUUAUCGUUUUAUAUGAUUUCACUCUGUCACUAGUAUCUAGGCACUUGUGAUGGAAGAGGGAACUUUAUGCAAAGAAGUAUCAGAUAUUCUUCGUCUGAAUGUGGGUGGGUGUCUGUUUACUGCCAGACGUGAAUCUCUUUGCCGGUUCAAAGAUUCUAUGCUGGCGUCUAUGUUCAGUGGUCGUUUUCCUUUAAAACUUGAUGAAACUGGUUGUUGUCUUAUUGAUAGGAAUGGGGAGAUUUUUAAAUAUCUUUUGGAUUAUCUUCAUGGAGAAGUACAGAUUCCUGAAGAUGAGCAAACCCGAAUUGCUCUGCAAGAAGAGGCAGAUUAUUUUGGAAUUCCUUAUCCUUACAGUCUGACAGAUCACAUGGCUAAUGAAAUGGAGACUUGCUGUUUAAGAUCCAAUCUGGAGCUCAAAAGGGUAUUACUUGAUUUUUGUGAUUCCUAUGGUCUCAUAUGUACAAAGGCCACCGUGUGGGUGCUGCAUUACCUUCAUACUAGUGGCUCGAGUAUUGAAAGUAAAGUUAUUGGUGUUUAUGCCACUAAGGAAGAUGGCACAGCUGCUCUUGAGAAACAACUGGGAGAUAGAAUACAUCGAAAAAAUAUGUACAAAAGGGAAGCAGGUGGUAAUGUCCAAUAUAUCCUGAGCUACUACAGUGUCCCUGAGCUUAAAAACAUGAUGGAUGCAUUUGAUACUUGGAUGGGAAGAGGAUUUAGCUUUUGGCGGGUUCCUCAAGAGCUGAUUGAAUGUUGGACUCUUGAAGAGCGCCCAUUACAAGGAAGCGAACAGAACAUCGUUCCAAUGCGCACACGGAGAUCAGCAAGCUAUGCUGAAGAGCAUAACCCUCUGGAAAGUCCAAAAACGGGUCCAAAGCCCAUCCGUUUUUUUGGCCCGUCAACAAACACACAAAUUAGAGUUAAGAACUCUGCUUCAAUAAAAUCUACUGGAGAGGAUUCAAGUUCAGACCGCAUACUCAAGAGAUCAACAAGUGGAUCGGAUCCCAAUUGUGCUGGGGUGAAACUUAAGCGUCUCAGUUCUGGUUCAGUGACAUCUAGUUCUCUGGAAAAACAGCCUAAAGAAAAAUUAGAAGAAAAUAGUGUGGGAAUCCAACAUGGCCCUGUCUUCACUUCAGAAAAACCCACCACCAGUCGUGUAAUAAAGUUAAAGAGAACGUCACUGAAUCAGUCAGUGACAUCAGCCGAACAAUCAUCUGUACCGGAUGUAACAAAAGCCACUGAAUCACUUCCUAGCUUAUAUACACCGUCGGACAACCCUACAUAAUGUUUAAUAGACUUAUCCCUUCUUAACCCUUUUAUUUCAGCUUUAUGUACUUAGGGAAUUAAUAUAAAAUUGCCUGAUUUUAAAGAGCAGUCUUUUAUUACGUUAUUCCUACUAGUGAAACUGCAAACCAGCAGAGCCCUAAAGGGAAGUUAAACUCCCUGUAAAAUGUUUAAUUAAGGGAAAUAAAACUACAUUGUAGUAAACCUUUA